CUCAGUAAAAUCUUAAUCCUCGGGUAUAAAUCUAUAUGUACCCUCAACCUCAAUUAAUCCAUAUGUAGGGAAAUAAUGGUUGAUUAUUGCAUAAUAUCCUUUGAAACUACUAAUUUUUGUUCCAAAGUAUAUAUCUUUACUUUAAAACUUCAUUGAGGUUACAGAUAUAAGUAUUGGUUAAAGCAUAGACUAGAACCAACUAAGAAAGUUUUGAUGACAACUAUUAAUGCAAUAAAUCCCCCUAAAGAACAUCUUAUAAGAAUCCCCAUAGCUUGCCCUCCUCCCCAAUUCCCAAUCUCUAUUCCUAUCUUGUUGCUCUCUUCCUCCUCUAGUCCCAACACCUCCACCUCCCCAUACACCCCAUGUCUCAAGAAGGAGCCGACCUCUCUCAAGAUGUCGAUGAAAGCCCAUAUCACACCGCCGUUGUCACCACCAAUAAUCUGGUAAGGUCGAUUAAAGCAGAGAAAUCUAACUCUAGCUCUAGCUCCGGCAAGCCUGUCGAGACAGACAUCGGUUUAAAGGUAGCAAGCCCUACUAUGUUUGGGUUCAACACAAAGAUAGAGGGAACGGGAAAGAACAUGGCCGUCAAGAGAGAGGAAGGAGAAGGUGGUGGUCGUCCUGGCGUCAGCAGUGGUGUCAGCACACGGGAUACCAACGGAAAAGGCAAGAACGCUAUGGACAUGGAGCACGCGUUGCAUAUUUGGACGGAGAGAGAGCGGAGGAAGAAGAUGAAGAACAUGUUCAGCACCCUACAUGGCCUCCUCCCCAAGAUCCCAGGCAAGACUGACAAGGCCUCCAUUGUUGGGGAGGCCAUUGGCUACAUCAAGACGUUGGAGGACGUCGUCCAGAAGCUGGAGACCAUCAAGACGGAGCGCGUGCGCGCGCACCAGUGGGCGGCGGCGGCGGCAGCCGCCGUGGCAGCCAACGGCGGCGGCGAGGGGUCCUCUCACUCUCACUCUCAGCCGCCGCGCCACGCCACCGCCGUCACAGUCGCCGUCGCCGAGCCUGCGCCGGUGGCGGCGGCGGUGAACGCGCAGGCGCCGCAGAAGAAGGCGGCGGCGGCGGCGGCGCCGACGCUGCAGACGUGGUCGGCGCCGAACAUCACGCUGACGAUGGCCGGCGUGGACGCGUUCAUCAACAUGUGCCUCCCGCGGCAGAGGGCGUCCUUCACCACGGUGGCGUUCGUCCUGGAGAAGCACCAGAUCGACGUCGUCACCUCCACCAUCUCCGCCGACCAUGACAAGAGCUUGUUCAGCGUCCAUGUCCGCCUCAACGAAGCAUCCCUUCAGAGCACAGAGGGUCUGACGCCUGAAGCCAAAUACAAGCUCGCAGUGUCAGAGUUGAUGGUCAGGCUCGCCGAAUGAGACGAAUUUGAUCGUCCUGAAUUUGCUGUCCCCCUUGCUACUCUCAUCGAGGAUUCGUACUCUCAGCAUUUGGAAUAACUAAAACCAGUCUUUGCUUUCAGUUUAGUCGUUGAACUUGUUACUUUUUGGAUAAUUCGGUUAAAGUUUCCGAACAUAAGUACACCACCAGGAGGUAAAAGUGUAAAAUCCGUUGAUGUUGUCGUCGUCGUUGUUGGAGUUAUAGACAUGUUACUUGAAUAAUAUAGUGUUGUUUCUUGAUACAUUUUUUUUUGAACGACUCGCACGAGACGGUACGAAGUUCUAUUGAUAGAGCAGGAAAAAAUUACAAGAUCACAACCCUAAAGGGUCGUAACCAGGAAAAAGGAAAAAUAUACCACCACCCACACACCGACAGCUCCAACACACAAGACCGGGAGAAGGCUAACACCGGACCGGCCGCCGCUAAGCUUGACCGACUGCCGCUAGACCAACAAAGAAACAUAGAUGAGAUCGCCCAAAAGAACACCCUCACAACCAAUACAAAGCCAACUCCUAGAGUGUGCUUGCACCAAUCGAUCGAGAGGCUUCGGCUAGGGGAUACCAAAACGACGUAUUCAAGAAGAGAAGCGAUGGUAAACCACCGCCGCCAUCCGUCGGGGCUCAAAGGAGCCAGGACUGGGCUUUCGCCCGGCAACCACCCUUGAGGGAUGAGACAGCACGACAACACCCUCAAGAGGGGGAAUUCCAUCGUUGUCGGUCCGGCCAUGGCCAGGCUGGGUUUUCACCCGCUGCUCACCACCGGCGAAUCCACGGCUGACGCACCAAUGCUCCCACCACCCCUCAACCUCUGCCGACAUGUGGGACCCCUGCACCGGCGCCCCCUACUGGCUAGCCUUCGAGCGCCGAAGACCGCGUCACAUCCAUCAGCAGCUCCUCGAACCGAGG